GCGGGAGUAGGCGCUUGAGAUCGCUGAGGGAAGGUUUUCUCUCGCCCCUCACCUCCUCGGCAGAGGGGCUCUUCGGGUCUUCGUCCUCCGUCGGGUUGGAUUCCGGGGUGCUUCCUCUCAGCGCCUUCCGCCAGGCACCAGGGUGAGGGGCCAGAGCGAGAGCGAACAUGUCGCUGGCUUCCUGGUUUGGGUGGAAUGAACCCCCCAGUCGCAUUUCUCAGAGGAGCCCAACAGAAAUGGUGAUGGAAACUCUUAUGAUGGAACUCAGCUGGCAGAUCAAGGAAGCUGAGAAGCAGCAUCGGGAACGAGAGAACGAGUACCGCAAGAUAAAGACGGGUGUUGACUAUGGGUGGCUAGUUAGCUACCCCAAGCACAGCUACGAUAUCAGUCCAGGGGAGCGUCUGCAGCUGGAGGACAUGUGCUCCAAAAUACAUCCCUCCUACUGUGGGCCUGUCAUUAUUAGAUUUCGGCAGCUUGUUUCUGAAUACGAACCAGAGGUCUCUGAAGUUUCUCGGCUUUUUCGUUCCGUUCUCCAAGAAGCCAUGGAGAAGAGCAAAGAGGAAGAAGAGGCAAAGAAGCUUGCAAGGCAGUGGAACACAAAGCACAAAACCAGCCUCUCUCUCAUGACAUUCAAGUCCCGUGCCAGGAUUCUGCCCUUCAGUAGUGACAUCAAGACCAUUUCGGAAGAUGUUGAGAGGGGCACCGAUUCAGCCAGAAGGGCAUGGAGCAUGCCUGAAUUCAGGAGCACCAAGGACUACUGACUCUAUUUAUAACACUCAGAUUUUGGGAACAGACCAUCUUAUUUAUGUAUUUACUUAUUUAAUCA